AUGACCACUCCGUCCAUCCUCACGCGAGGCUCCAGCUCCCUCGCGGCCUUUGCGGUCCGCGGCCGGCCCAAGGUCGACAUUGUUGUUGCGAACCAGCAAGAUGGCCUGGUCCCUUCGCAUACCACCGGAGACACCAUCGAGGGAACAGUCACCAUCACGACAGACCAUGACACCCGUUUUGAUGAGCUUGAGGUCACCUUUGAAGGAACCGCGAGGACCUCUGUGGAGCGCCAAUCGAUGCCUGGCCGGACUGGGGCCCACCAUACCUUCCUUCGCCUUCGCCAGCCCAUCGAUGACGCGGCAUAUCCUACCCCCCGGGUUCUAGAAGCUGGUCGCAGUUAUCAAUUCCCGUUUACGUUUGUGGUUCCCGAUCGCCUGCUGCCUCACAUUUGUAACCACACCAAAACCAACCUGCACGUCGAACGUUCGCACACGCUGCUGCCACCCACGUUUGGUGAUCCCAUGAUGGCCAACAACCGCAAAUCGGUUCUCGACGACAUGGCCCCCGAAAUGUGCCGGAUCUCUUAUCUGCUUCGUGUGACCCUCCAGAGAAAGCCUGUGGCCCAGAACGCCUCCUCUGUUACGCUUGUGUCCGUUGGGAAAAAAGUGCGGGUCAUUCCUGCGGUUGAGGAGGAACCUCCCCUCAACGUCGCGGAUGACGAGGGUCUAUACUGCAUCCGCAAAGAGAAGGACGUGAAGCGUGGCUUAAUGAGGGGUAAGCUUGGUCGAUUGGUGGUGACUGCCGCCCAGCCCAAGCCGGUGCAGUUGAGUCCCCUCCACGAUGAGGACCGCGAUUCGGUGAGCACCGUGGCGACUGUCCAGCUGCGCUUUGAUCCAGUGGGCGACGAGCAACCGCCUCGCCUGGGCACAGUGUGGAGUAAACUCCGCGUAUCGACCUUCUAUAGUGCCGACCCCUGGGGGGAUUAUCCGUCCGCCUCAUGUAUCAGGACCUGGGCUCAGAUGGGCCGAGGGGUGUACACCGAGGCUGUACCACUGUCCACCAUGUGUGUAGCCUCGGCGCAAUGGACUAAGCACACCGACAUCGGCUUGGACCGCCGCGACUCGAUGCACUCGACCUCGUCCAUGGAUUCUGUGCCCGGCCCCUCGGCCUCGUUUGCGGGAAAGGCCUACUAUACGGCGUCGGUCGUGGUGCCCAUCACCCUCCCCAAGUCCAAGGCAUAUGUGCCGACCUUCUAUUCUUGUUUGAUCGCACGCAUCUACGCCCUCGAGCUCAGUGUCUCUUACCACGCCGCCAACUCCAGGCUCUUGACCCCGACCAUAUCCCUGAAGGUACCCAUCCAGCUGACGUGCGAGUCGCGGUCUGGUGCAGGACCCAAGGGCACCGUGGUUGAGAUCACGCAGGACCAAGUCAACGCGGAAUUUUUCAGUCCUCGUAGCAUCGCGCCUCCAUCCUUCUCAGAUUUUAGCUCUGCCCCCAUCUCACCGCCCGAGUAUACGGCCGCCCGCGCUUCAAACCUGCCUCCUGACCGUUCGAGAAUGCUACCGCCGUCAUCGAGAACCAACACGGGAGGUGUCAGAGUCUGA